AUGGGUCUAUCUUUUCGACCCAAAGGUCGUCAACUGACCUUCGGCAUCACUUUAAGCUGUGGAGUUGCCUUCGCAUUGUUCGGUUACGAUGAAGGUGUUUUCGGUGGUAUCCUCUCAUGCCCAGCAUUCGAAGAACAGUUUGAUCAUCCAAGCACGACAAUCCAAGGCCAAAUUACUUCCUCAUAUGUCCUUGGAUGCGUGAUCGGCGCGUUCAUGGCUAUGUUCGGAGGGGAUCGCCUUGGACGAAAAAGAUCAAUCAUGCUGGCGUGCACCUUCCUCGUAAUCGGCGGCAUUCUUCAAUCUACAGCAUUCACUCUGCCUCAUCUAAUUGUGGGCCGUAUUGUCGCUGGGUUUGGAGUUGGCAUGAAUACCACAACUGUGCCAAUGUGGCAAAGUGAGACUUGCAAGCCAAAGGAUCGAGGAAAGCUGAUGUCUAUCCAAGUGGCCUGUCUUGUUUUUGGCUUCGUGCUUGCCAACUGGAUCAAUUUUGGAUUUACUUACAUUCCGAAUGAUCCAGUCAGCUGGCGUUUCCCGCUAGGGUUUCAGUCUUUCCUUGCCCUCGUGACAAUGGCAAUCGUGCCUUGGAUUGUUGAGUCUCCUCGCUGGCUUUGUCUACAAGGGGAUUCGAUCAAAGCAAAAGAAGCAAUUGCAUUGCUAUUAGCUAAGCCUGACACGGACAAUGAGGUUCUUGUGGCUUUAGAAUCCAUUGAACAGACUGUUGCUCAUGAAGUGGAGUCUGAGCAAUCUAGCUGGAGGACAGUCUUCGAGGGCGGGCCCCAACAGACCUUCCGUCGGAUCGCUCUAGGGGCUGGAGCUAACUUCAUGCAACAAUUUGGGGGUGUUAAUGUUGUUGCAUAUUAUUUACCAGUCGUUCUCAAGCGAUCGUUUGGUUUCAGCGACCGACUGGCACUCAUUCUUUCCGCCGUUGAUUCUAUGCAAUGGAUGUUCUGGAGCGCGAUGGCUACCUACGUGAUUGACCGCAUUGGUCGUCACCGACUGAUGAUUUACGGCUCUGCGGGCCAGUGUCUGUGUUUUACCAUGGCAGCCCUCGGCCUUGGUAUUGGCACAAAGGCCAUGAAUGGUGUUGCUGUGGCAUUCAUCUUUCUCUACUAUUUUUUCUUCGGCCUUUCUUUCCUAGUGAUCUCAUUUAUGUAUCCAUCUGAAAUCAAUUCGCACCACACGCGAAACCUUGGAAGUUCCAUUGCAAUGGUCACGAACUGGCUUGGAGUUUGUCAUUGUUUCGGAAUUGAAAGCAUAGGGUGGAAGUUCUACCUCGUUUUUGCCGUGACAAACUUCGUCUUCAUUCCCAUCUGCUGGUACCUCUAUGUGGAGACUGCUAGUCUCUCUUUGGAGGAAAUUGACAAGUUGUUUGAAAUCAAGUAUUAUGGUGGAAAGUCAAUGUCAUACCAAGAGGCUACAGAGAAUGCGAAGAUGACAUUGGGUGUUGCGGAUAUCGAGCAUGUGGAGAAGCUUGAGAAUUAA